GUUGGAGCUCCUGUGAGUCGACAGAGCGACAGGAAAGCAAAAUGGCGGAUGAAGAUGUUACGCUGGAUGGUAAAUCGCUACAAUCGCUCCGUGUGGCGGAUUUGAAAGCCGCUUUGGAGCAUCGACAUCUCCCUAAAAGCGGGGCGAAAAAUGCGCUCAUUAAGCGACUGAAAGGGGCUCUGAUGUUGGAAAAUGUUAAGAAGACUUCCACUUCCCACAUUGGGCUCCAGCCCAACUCCCAGAUUGGGGAGGAGAUGAGCCAGAACAGCUUCAUAAAGCAGUACCUGGCUCAGCAGCAGGAGCUCCUCCGCCACAGGCUGGAGAGAGAGGCCCGGGAGGCGGCAGAGGCCGAUGCAGGGGAAACAGGCCCGGAGGAGGAGGAGGAGGAGGACGACGACGACACAGAGCAGGACAACGACAGUGCUUCCUACCACCCUGACAAGCAUCGCCCCAUACCCUCCCAGCCCCCACUGACCCGGGCCGAGGAAGAGGAAGGAGCUGGAGGGCCAAUGAUGAUGGGGCAAGGAAUGAUGUCUCGUAGACCACACUUUGGCCCAGGCUCCGUGCCCCAGGAAUCCCCUGACGCCCCUGGAUCCUGGAUGCAGCAGCGUCUCUCACUCCACACUGGCCUCCGCCACGAGGAGCCCACCACCCCCUCACCGCCCCGCGCUGUGGCCUCCCUGUCUGUGCGUGUCCUGGGGGACCCAGAGCGCCAGGGCCUGCCACCCUCCAUGCCCCCCCGCGUCCAGGCCCAGGAGAAUGAAGGCACCGCCCCGGCGGAUGACGACCGACCCGCCCACUAUGUGCUCCACCUCAGCCGCUCCGCUCGGGCAGCAGCCAGCGCCGGGGGUAACCGCGUCCAGGAAGACAGCGAUGAUGAUGACAGCAGUGAGGAGGACGAAGAUGAGUGGGGACCUGCGGCGGGGGCAAGGAGAGGUGGCGGAGGAAGAGGAGGACGUUCCCCUCCUCGGCCCCAGCAGCCUUCCCCCAGCGUCCCAGUGGGCCGAGAGAGGUCCAGACGCAAGCUCCAGCCUCCGCAACACAUCCCACCUCAGCAGGUAGUACACCAGCCCCCCAUGCAGCUCCGCCAGCCCACCCCGCCCCCCUCUCCACCCCCAGAGCUCUCCUUUCCCCUCCCCGACACCCCCAAGCAGAGCCCGCCCGACAUGGAUGAAGAGCCAGAAGGAGCAGGGGCUGGGGUAGCCGUCCACUCCCCUCCAGGUGGCCUCCAGAGGCAGGACUCCGACUCCAGCUCCCGCUCCAGCAGCCCAGAGCCCCUGGCCCAGCGGCGGCCUGGACCCCUCUCCCUGCUCGCCCGCAAGAUGGCUUCCGAGGGAGCGUUCGGGAAGAGAGGUGAGGGUGCCUCAGACGGCCAGACAGGUGGUGGGGAGUCGUCCAGACCAGGAGAUGGCAGUAGCAGCGUCCCAGAAGCAGGACCGGGGGCUGGGGUAGUCCUGUUCCGUGGGGCUGCUAUCACCCACAUCGGCGGCAGCAAUGCAGCGCACUCCGGAACUGUCCCUGUACCUGAGGUCCCUGCACCAGUGCCUAUGUUUGGAUCUGGAGCCCAGUUCCAUCCUCUCUCUCUGGUGUCUGGAGCAGCUGUCCCCAGCAUCACCCUCACCGCGGAGCCCCAGGGUCCAUCUGGAGAGACGGCACAGAAGAGGACGGAGAAAGAAAAGAAGCAGGUGGAGGAGAGGGAGAUGAAGCAAGUGGAGAAGGAGAAACAGGAAGAGAGUGAGAGUUGCCUGCCGCCAUGGAAGCACGGACGUGACGUGACGUCUGUGUCCUCGCAGUUUGGGUCUGGGGGGUCAGAGGUGCCUGCUGUGCACCAGGGGGACAGCCCGAAGAAGUCACCCUUCGGCAGGGACGAACCCCUCUCCGCCCCUCCCGGCUCAACCGCCUGCCUGCCUGCUCUCGCCCCCAAGAAGCCCCGCAUGUUCUCCGACACCUCAUCCGGCUCCAUGGCAUCCCCUCCCAAACUUGAACAGCAGGGGUCUGUGGUGGUGACCACCCCAGGGGAACCCCCCCUCAAACAGGAAGUCCUCGUCUCAGGGGCCCAGCAGUACACAGACAACACCAUAGAGGUCACCUCACCGAACAAGGCGUCCGCGGAAAAGCUUGGAUGGAAAACUGGGGGAGACACUGUAGAGAAGGAGAGUGACAGCCAGGCAGAAAAGGCGACAACGAAAGCCGCCGGCGAGACCAGGAGAAGAGGACCUGAAGAGGCUGUUGAGGUUGAGCCCAUGGGGCCUGUUCUGCCCCCCUCUUACCCAGGUAAGGGAGAAGAAGAGAAGAAGCGGAAGGAAGACGUGAGAAAAAAGGAAGAAGAGCGGUGCAGGCAGAGGAAGAGGGCGAGCGACAGGAGGUCAUCCCCCUCCAGCGGCGGCGACUCUUCAUCCUCCGACUCGGAUUCUGGAUCCUCUUCAUCACAUUCCUCUGGCUCCACCUCCUCCCGGGACAAAAAAAAGAAAUCUGUCCCGGGAAAAGGAAGAGGGGAUGAAAGGAGAAGACUGGGAAAAGGAGGAGAGAAGAAACAACCUUCCAGGGAGAAGAAGCAGUCUUCCCUGUCGGAGCCGUCCGGCCCUGGCCCUAUGGAGGUGGAGAGGCCAGACCCAGAGGGCUCCAGGGCCCCCCAGCCCACCCCCGAAGGGGACCCAGAGAACAGUGAGGGCCGCAUGGAGGAGAGUACCACUCCUAAAGCUUUGGCCACACGCAACAUCUCUUUAACCACAGGCAGUAAGACGUCUCCAGAGGGAGCAGGAGAGGCAGAGUCUGGGACCGCCGCGGGGAGGAAGAGGAGGUGGGGAUCCAGCACGGCCGUCACCACCAAGAAACCUUCCAUCAGCAUCACCACAGACUCUCUGAAGUCUCUGAUCCCAGACAUCAAGCCCAGUCAGGAGGCUGUGAUGGAUCUCCACCCAGACGACAGCCAGCUGUCUGGGGACGAGGACACCUCCACCACCAGGGAGGACCAGGGCCUGGACAAAGACCUUAAGAUCAGACGCACCGUCACACAGGUGGUCCCAGGUGAAAGCCAUGAGAAUGGCCAGGGAGAACGAGAGGAGGAAGAGGAGGAGAAUAAACAGGAGCGUGAGAGGACACACAAAGAGAAGAGAAAGAACAGCUACUCAAAAGAAACCGCGGCGUCUCAGUCCUCCACAACACACGACGCCAACGCCAAGAAAGUCACUCCCAGUGAUACUCUGGUGCGUCGCUCCAUCAGUCAGCAGAAGUCUGGUGUGUCUGUUACCAUCGACGAUCCGGUCCGCACAGACAAACUGCCCUCUCCGCCCAGAGGCAAAGUCUCCAACAUCGUCCACGUCUGUAACCUGGUGCGACCUUUCACCCUGGGCCAGCUGAAGGAGCUGCUGAACAGGACAGGCUCUGUGGUGGAGGAGGGCUUCUGGAUCGACAAGAUCAAAUCUCACUGCUACGUCACUUACUCCAGCACAGAGGAGGCUGUGGCCACACGAGCUGCUCUGCACGGGGUGAAGUGGCCCCAGAGCAACCCUAAGGUCCUCAGUGUGGACUUCUGUGAGCAGAACGAGCUGGACUUCCACAGAGGUCUGCUGACCGUGGACCCCAGAGAGGAGCACCGGCCCCAGCCUGCCGUGGGUCCUGGAGGUCCCAAAGUCCGACCGGGGGGGCUGCCCCCUCUGAUGACUGAACGGGACGGGCGCUCGGACCGCGGGGCUGUCGGAGGGGUGCGGAACCAGUGGGCGGAGAGAGAGAGGGAGAUGGAACGCCGGGAGAGGACCAGGGCGGAACGCGAGUGGGACCGGGACAAGGUGCGAGACUUCGGAGGCAAACCAGGAGAGGAGAGGGAGAGAGGGAGGAGAUCUCGCUCCCUGGAUAGAGAGAGGAGGCGAAAGGAGAGGGAAGGGAAGGAGAAGAAGACCGACAAAAAGGAUGAGCCUCCUGUCAAACUACUAGACGACCUCUUCAAUAAGACCAAAGCAGCUCCCUGUAUAUACUGGCUUCCCCUCACUGAGGAACAGGCAAACCAGAGGGGGAAGGAACGGGAAGAGCGACAGAAAGAACGAGAGAGGAGGCGGAAAGAACAGCAGGAGGAGGAGGACAAGAAGCGAGAGGAGGAGAGGAAGGAGAGAAUGAAAAGUAGAGAGGAGGGAGGCGCUGCGGUCAGCACUGGAGGUGGGAGUGUCCGGGGAUCUGAGGGAGACAGGGACAGAGAGGGUGAGCGAGGGAGGGACAGAGAGGGUGAGCGAGGGAGGGACAGAGAGGGGGAGCGAGGGAGGGACAGAGAGGGGGAGCGAGGGAGGGACAGAGAGGGGGAGCGAGGGAAGGACGGGGACAAGAAGAAGGACAUUGGUGGUUUCAAACCCAAAGGUCCCGAUGCUAAACCCUUGUCGGGGUUCCGACGCUCCCGUAGCCGCAGCAACCUCCGAGACAGACGCCGCUGAGUGGGGUCACAGUGACGGAGAGACACGGAGGCAGGGAGGGAGAAAAAAGGAAGGAUGCAAUCAUGUGACACACAAUUGGAACACCACAGAGAGAGAGCUAGUCCCCUUCCUUUCACCUUAAAACACUUCCAUUAUCUCCAUGGUAAUAGUCUGUUCCUCCUUACUAGUAAACUGUCCUUUAGGCCAGGGAGACUCCAGUUUAGAAAAGCCCACCUCCUCACUCUGUAAUGCUUUGUGUCUCACAUUUACAUGUAUAAACUACCUGGUCACAUGUUGAUUGUUAGUGAAGUAAAAAUGGCUGCCUCCUAAAUGGUACCCUAUUUUCUGUAUGCAGGCCCUCGUUGACAGUGUUGUACUAUAUAGGGAAUGGAUAUGGUGCCAUUUCAGACAUUCUCUCUUCCUCCGUCGUCAGUCUGUCUGCCCACCUAUUGGGUGUAUGUGGGUCUUCCUCAUACGAAGCAGUUGAAGCCUAUGCUAAGCUCUGUAAAUAGUCCUACAUUUUAACCAGAGAUGGAAACAAAGGGUGGAGAUUUGGCUCCCUCUAGCUUAUGUGCGCUGCACUCUUGAGGCUUGGAACGAAGUAAUAAUCCAUUUAAAAAUAGCAGACCAACCUACAAACAAUUUUACUAUUCCAAAAUUCUCUGAAGUCAUUUUUUUCUACUACCCGUACCAAGGCCCUUUGUAGGGUCAUGUGAAGGUUAUAUUUUCUCCUUGUAUGUUUUAUGAUGAAUCUUGUUCAUCUCAGCCUUUGAUGGGUUUUGUGUUCUAGUGUGUGGUGGUCUGAUAUCCCUCUCCACACAAUAAGGUUACAGCUGGUGAUGUCAUUACACUGAAAUCACACUAUGAAACUGUCCGUUUGCCAUGUCAGAUGGGUAGGGACAUUUGUGUGGGGCGGGGGACUGAUUUCAUAGACGCACACUUGGCAUGUAUACUGUUAUGGGUAGUUUGGGUGGGGAGGGGAACCAAAAGCACUGAGAGAAUCCGUGUGGCACUGGAAUGACAUUUAGAACUGUCCCAUUUGUCAUUGGAUGAGAGUAAAACUUAAUUAUCUACUGUUUUAAUAUUCAUUUUAUGAUUUUAGUUUGAGACAUUUAUUUGGCUCAUUUGUUCGUCUCCUGUAAGUGCUGAAUGUACAAAUUAAAAUAUAUGCAAAGUUAA